UCCCACCACGGCAGCGAGCCCUGUCGUCACUUCCGGCGGCAGCGACCGCGUCUUCGUACGGUCGCCCGGGCACGUACGGCCAGGGCGGUUGGUCGGUGGGGUUGUGGAGGCGACGCGGCCCGAGACCGGUGGGGCCUGCGCAGGACAGUCCCGGACAGACCAUGGAUGGCUCCUUCAUCCAGCACAGUGUGAGGGUUCUGCAGGAGCUCAACAAGCAGCGGGAGAAGGGCCAGUACUGCGACGCCACCCUGGACGUAGGGGGCUUGGUGUUCAAGGCGCACUGGAGCGUCCUUGCCUGCUGCAGCCACUUCUUCCAGAGCCUCUACGGGGAUGGCUCGGGGGGUAGUGUUGUCCUCCCUGCCGGCUUCGCGGAGAUCUUUGGCCUCCUGUUGGACUUUUUCUACACUGGUCACCUUGCCCUCACUUCAGGGAACUGGGAUCAGGUGCUCCUGGCAGCCAGGGAAUUGCGAGUACCAGAGGCUGUGGAGCUGUGCCAGAGCUUCAAGGCCAAAACCUCCGUGGGACAGGCACCAAGUGGCCAGAGUGGGCUGGGGAAACCUGCCCCCCAGGACGUGGACAACAACCUUAAGGAGCAGGCAGACUUGGAGGAAGAGGAAUUUUCAAGGACCCUGGGUCAGGUUCCUAGGGAUCAGGAGCCCAGUGGCAGUCCCAGCCCCCAGAGGCCCCAGCUUGGUCUCCCUGCUCAGAGCGAGAGCCCCUUCUUCCUCCGUGGGAAACUCAAGCAGGCCCUGAAGCUUUGUUCCCCAGAGGACAAGGAGCCUGAGGAUUGCAAAAUGCCCCCAAGGCCCUUCGAGGCUGAAGGUGCCCAGCUGCAGGGUGGGAGUAAUGAGUGGGAAGUGGUGGUUCAAGUUGAAGACGAUGGGGAUGGCGAUUAUGUUUCUGAGACUGAGACUGUGCCAGCCAGGAGGAAAUCAAACGUAGUCAGAAAGCCCUGUGCUGCCGAACCAGCCCUGAGCACAGGUGCCAUAGCAGCUGAGCCCACUGAGAACAGAAAAGGUCCAGCAGUGCCGGUUGAAUGCCCUACAUGUCAUAAAAAAUUCCUCAGCAAAUACUAUCUAAAAGUCCACAACAGAAAACACACUGGGGAGAAACCCUUUGAGUGCCCCAAAUGUGGCAAAUGUUACUUUCGGAAGGAGAACCUCCUGGAGCAUGAAGCCCGGAACUGCAUGAACCGCUCAGAACAGGUCUUCACGUGCUCCGUGUGUCAGGAGGCCUUCCGCCGGAGGAUGGAGCUGCGAGUGCACACGGUGUCCCACACGGGGGAGAUGCCCUACAAGUGUUCCUCCUGCUCCCAGCAGUUCAUGCAGAAGAAGGACUUGCAGAGCCACAUGAUCAAGCUGCAUGGAGCCCCCAAGCCCCAUGCUUGUCCCACCUGUGCCAAGUGCUUCCUGUCCCGAACAGAACUCCAGCUGCACGAAGCUUUCAAGCACCGUGGGGAGAAGCUGUUUGUGUGUGAGGAGUGUGGGCACCGGGCCUCAAGCCGAAACGGCCUACAGAUGCACAUCAAGGCCAAGCACAGGAACGAGAGGCCGUAUGUCUGUGAGUUCUGCAGCCAUGCCUUCACCCAGAAGGCCAACCUCAACAUGCACCUGCGCACGCACACGGGCGAGAAGCCCUUCCAGUGCCACCUCUGUGGCAAGACCUUCCGCACCCAAGCCAGCCUGGACAAGCACAACCGCACCCACACUGGCGAGAGGCCCUUCAGCUGUGAGUUCUGUGAGCAGCGCUUCACCGAGAAGGGGCCCCUGCUGAGGCAUGUGGCUAGCCGCCACCAGGAGGGCCGGCCUCACUUCUGCCAGAUCUGUGGGAAGACCUUCAAAGGGCGCCCCCCCGUCCCCUCUGCUGAUGCUGGGGGUCCCUUCCGUUCCGCAGCGGUGGAGCAGCUCCGUGUGCACGUCAGAAGGCACAAGGGGGUCAGGAAGUUUGAGUGCACAGAAUGUGGCUACAAGUUCACCCGGCAGGCCCACCUGCGGAGGCACAUGGAGAUCCAUGACCGGGUGGAGAACUACAAUCCGCGGCAGCGCAAACUCCGGAACCUGGUCAUUGAGGAUGAGAAGAUGGUGGUGGUGGCACUCCAGCCGCCUGCUGAGCUGGAGGUGGGCUCUGCCGAGGUCAUCGUAGAGUCCCUGGCCCAGGGCGGCCUGGCCUCCCAGCUCCCUGGCCAGAGACUGUGUGCGGAGGAGAGCUUUGCAAGCCCGGGUGUCAUGGAGCCCUCACUCAUCAUCACAGCUGCCAUCCCUGAGGACUGUGACACGUAGCCCACCCUGCCCACCACAGCUUCCUUGGCUCCAGCCCCCAGUAAACAUGGCUUUGGACUUGA